CUCAGACAUCCUCAGACAUCCUCAACUACUACCCUUACAGACUAUGUACCCUUACUAACUCAACUCUCCUUUAGUCCUGACAAUAGACUCCCUUAGUCGGCGACGCUGUGUCGUCCAAUGGCUUGGGCAUGAUGGAAGGCGGCGUGUCGUGCAUUGGAUCGACCUUCGCUGGACACUUCUUGGUACCGCUUUAGGAAUCCUGCGAACCAAAUCUCGCCGCCGUUUCUCUCCUCUUCUUCUCUAUCCCUUUCGACUUUUGCUGGAAUUUGCUUUUCUAGCUUCCGGGUUUCUUAACUCAACGUCAAUCAAGUUUCGAAGGGUCCAGGCAAUCUAAUCGCCGAUCAUCAGUUGUUGCGUCCGCCCCAUAAGUUACUCUCCAGACUCGAGAAGAAUACCCUUUCUUGAAACAACCCAACCUCGGAAAAAGGCUCGCGCCCCAAUCGCAGUAUUCUUACGGCGGUAAAUGCAGACCGCUUUCGUCAUCCUAUCUGACCCCCAAGCCCACUUCGAGCCAAUCGUGCAUUGGCCCAGUCGAAAAUGGCGCUGAAUCCGAACCACAAAGGUUCCGAAUCCUCUCUACCAAACUACACGUUUUCCCCAACCGCCCCAAUGGCCAAGGAGAAGCGUAUCGAAGACGGCGUCCUGGCCGACGAUGAGGGCAACAGGACCCGAAAGGGCGGCUUGAAGGUCGGCGCCAGAAUUGCGCCAGUCCUCCCCCAUCUGAGGGGCGCCGACUUCUCGGACUCGGACUCGGUCAAUGGACAGGAUGUGCUGGAGAAGCAGCUUGAGUUGGAGUCGGGGAAUGCGCUGCAGUAUCGUACUUGCAGCUGGCAAAAGACUGCCUUCCUCCUCUUCUCAGAGUACAUCUGCUUGGCCAUCAUGUCAUUUCCAUGGUCCUACUCCAUCCUCGGACUUGUCCCUGGACUCAUCCUGACCGUCGUCGUGGCAGCCGUCGUGCUCUACACGUCCCUCGUGCUCUGGGAGUUCUGUCUCCGUCACCCAGAAGUCAGGGACGUGUGUGACAUCGGCCAAAUGCUGUUCUGGGGUAAAACCUGGGUCUGGUACGCCACGGCCGUCAUGUUCAUCCUGAACAACACCUUCAUCCAGGGCCUCCACGUCCUGGUGACCGCCAAGUACCUCAACACCAUGACGCACCACAGCCAAUGCACCGUCGUCUUCGCCGUGAUCUCCACUAUCAUCUGCUGGUUCUGCUCGCUCCCCCGCACCUUCGACGCGCUCUCCAAGAUCGCCUGCGCCACCGCCUUCUUCACCUUCGUCUCCGCCCUCCUCGCCACCAUCUUCUCCGGCCUGGAAGACAAGCCCCUCGGCUUCACCGAGGAACUCGGCGCCCCGAUCUACACCGCCUUCCCCCUCCCCGGCACCACCUUCGUGGCCGCCAUGUCCGCCUUCCUCAACAUCUCCUACACCUUCAUCGGGCAAAUCACCCUCCCCAGCUUCAUCGCCGAGAUGCGCGAGCCCAAGGACUUCCCCAAGGCCCUGUGGGCCGUCACCAUCGCCGAGAUCAUCGUCUUCUCCGUCGUCGGCGCGGUCAUCUACGUCUACACCGGUAACCAGUACAUGACCGCCCCCGCCUUCGGCUCCCUCGGCAACGAGAUCUACAAGAAGGUGUCUUUCUCCUUCAUGAUCCCCACCCUCAUCUUCCUCGGCGUCCUCUACGCCACCGUCUCCGCCCGCUUCAUCUUCUUCCGCAUCUUCGAGGGCACGAUCCACAAGUCCUCGCACACCGUCAUCGGAUGGUCCGCCUGGGCUGGUAUCCUCGCGUUCACCUGGCUCGGAGCCUUCGUCAUCGCGGAGGUCAUCCCGUUCUUCUCGGACUUGCUGAGCUUGAUGUCCUCCCUCUUCGACUCCUUCUUCGGAUUCAUCUUCUGGGGCGUAGCGUACAUCCGCAUGCGUCGCGUUGAUGGCGGCGUGAGGUGGCUGCACGAGCAGAGCUUGGAUGGAUACGCUGUCUUGGGGCUGAAUCUCUUCAUUAUUGUGGUGGGGUUCUUCUUCCUCACUGUGGGAACGUAUGUGUCGGUGCAGAGUAUCAUGAAUAGCUAUGCGGCGAAUGCUGUUGGUGGCGUGUUCACUUGCGCGGAUAAUGGGAUUUAAAGGGUGUCCUAUUAGGGAUGUGAGAAAUAUAUACGUACACUUGUGGGGCUCUCGUGUGUUGGAAGGCGCAGGUGUUUGGGGGCUUUUUAUUUGGAUGGACAUUUUGUUUUUAUGAAUGGCUAUU